AUGGACGUGGAGGAGCGCGCCGCGACGCUGCUGAGCACGGCGGAGGAGUGCGUCGGCGGCGAGGACGAGCUGCUGGCGCUGCUGCACGACAAGCCCAGCCCGAUCUGCCUCCACAGCUUCCAGCCCUCCGCCUCCGGCCGCUUGGACAUCGCCCAGGGUGUUGGUAAAGUGAUCGAUGUCAACAAGAUGAUCAGGGCCGGAUGCAGAGUGAAGAUCUUAAUAGAGGACCAGAGGAUGGGAGGGGAUUUGAGCGAGAUUAGGGCCACCGGUCACCACAUGAUUGAGGUUUGGAAAGCCCUCGGCAUGGACCUGGACGGGGUGGAAUUCCUAUGGUCCUCCGAAGAGAUAAGCAAGCGUGCACACUUAUACUGGCCGAUGGUGUUGGGCCUUGCCCGGGAAACCAAAGUAGGAAGAUUAGCGAGGUACAUCUUGCACCCGAAUCCGGAUAAUGUGAAGGUCGACCAGCUCUGGGAACCCAUCAUGCAGUGCGCUGAUAUACUGUUCCUGGACCUGGAGGCAGACAUAUGCCAGAUGGGCAUGGAUCAAAGAGAGGUCGGUAUGAUGGCUAGAGAAUACUCCGAGCACAUUGAAGGGGCAAGCAAACCAAUUUUUCUGUUGCAUCAUUUGCUACCUGGUUUGAAAGAAGGGCAGCAGAAGAUGUCAAACAGUGAUCCAUACUCGGCUAUUUUUAUGUUUGAUGAUGAGGUUGAUGUUAAGUCGAAGAUAAAAAAGGCUUUCUGCCCUAUCAAGAUCACUGAAGGAAAUCCAUGCUUGGAAUACAUACAACACAUUGUUUUCCCUUGGUUUGGAAAGUUUGAGGUGCUUCGAAAUGAACGCAGUGGCGGUAACAGGACUUACGUAACAAUGGAAGAACUCCUUGUGGAUUACAUCAGUGGCGCUCUACAUCCCGGUGAUGUGAAAGCUGCUCUUACAAAAGCAAUAAACCAGAUAUUGCAGCCUGUUCGUGAUCACUUCAACAAAAAUUCUGAUGCCAAAGUCCUGUGUAAUGCUGCUAAGGUUUAG